GAUUUUCCCGCAGCAGAGCAGGAAGCGUAACACCUUCGUCACUCUUUCCGAGCAACAGGCUGUUGUCUUCAGUUGGUUUUGCGGGUCUGAAAGGAAUGGAGCAGCGUCGCUGAAUCUGGGAUGGUUGUAAAACAUGUACUCGGUUUCAGCGCUGUUGGUUUUACUGGGGGCGGUGGGCUCGUCCUGCAUCAGGAUUCUAUCAGAUCAGGCACUCAAAUGCUCGCUACAGGGUCUGAACUGUACAUCCAGUUACAGUAACUGUAUGGAUCCUGGGUGGCUGAUUAGCCACAAGUACACCCCCAGUGGUCCAGAAGAUUUGCUGGUGUCGGUAGACACCAGGCCAGAUGACACUGGACAACUGCAGCCUGUUCUUCAGGCUAACUGGACAUUAAAGGAUGAUGGUGGCAUAAGUUUCCUGACUGCCACUGAGCUUCAUGUUGUUGUGAUGUCCACCAAUGAGCAGUUGUGUAUUCGAUAUUCGUUCAAAGACAAUCUGUCCAUGAGAAGUCCAUCAGGAGAGAAGUGGAUGUUCUCCUCAAAUGUGCUGGUGCUGAAUCCUGGUCAGCGGUAUUCUGUGUCCGUCUACAACAUCCCCAAACCAGAGCAGGGCCACAGCAGCUUUGACGUCAGCAGAGAAGUUCAGGUCCUUGGCUGUAGAGACCCAAAAAUGAAGAUGACCCAGUUUUGCAUAGACAGUGGAAGUCUGUGGGAGCCUAACAUCCGUGUGGCUCAUGAGACUGCCAAUGGCACCCUGGCUGUCAGCUUCAGGCCUGACAUCCUGUGUAAGAAGUACCUGGUUAUUGUGAAAUGUGGCACGAUCACAGAGAAUACCAGUGUGCACACGAAAGAGAAUGGUACCAUAAAUGUAGGGUUCAGCCUUGACAAAUGGCCGAAAUCCUGCUGCCUAUUUGAUGCUGAGAUUAAACCUUUUUUUCCACAAUGUGACAAUGACUGUAUACGUCAUAGAAAAACUCAGGAUAUUUGUCCAGGAUUGAUGACAACCUGUAUGCAUUCCCCUGUAUUCCUGUUUGUUGCCAUUGGAAUUGUGUCCAUGUGUCUCAUAAUGACUGUAAUGAUGUGUGUUCUUUCCAAAAAGCACGGUAAACCUUCCAUUACUACACCACAAAAGGAAGAUAGAACACUGCAGAACCCACUUGAACAACCACCAAAAGUGCUGGUCAUCUACUCCCAGGACCACUACCUCUACAGGGAGGUAGUGCUUAAGCUGUGUGCCUUUCUCCAGGCCAAAUGUGGCACUAGGGUGUUGGUGGACUUGUUGGACACCUCCUCAGUCAGCAUGAUAGGUCGUGUCCGUUGGCUACAGUGGCAACGGCAGCAGUUAAAAAACCCAUCCGACAAGAUCCUGGUGCUGUGCUCACGCGGAGUUCAGGCAAAGUGGAGGGCAAUGUGUGGUCAAGGCCAGGUGACACUGAAAGAAGAUGUGCUUUCUCCUACAGAUGACAUGCUCAUUCCAUUUCUCAAUCUCUUUCUGCCUGACAUGCAUCAGGCAGGCAUGUUGGGCAAGUACAUGGUGGCUUACUUUGAGGACAUCAGCAGUGAGAGAGAUGUGCCUUCAGUUUUCGACAUUGGAAUAAAAUACAUCCUGAUGAAGCACUUUGAGGAACUAUACUUCCGUAUCUUAGACAUUGAGAAGUACCAGCCAGGUCAGGUCAACUAUAUUGAGGGAAUUGGUGGGGAUGAAUAUUCCAGCUGUGCCUCAGGUAGAGCCCUAAAAAACGCUAUAGAAACCUUCCAAGCCUAUCAGAUGAAAAAUCCGGAUUGGUUUGAAAAGGAGUGUGUUCUUAGUGAAGAGGAAGUCAUUUCCGAGGCCAACCGGCUCAUCGAGCCGCUGCAGACCCCUCCUGUCUAUGAGUGCGUCCCUCCAGUUACAAAUGGGCUUCCGGUCUAUGUUCAUAAUGUUAAAAUGAAUGAAAACAACAGCACUGUUCACAUUCUUACGCCUGAAUUAAACCCAGAGCAGCAGCUGUCAUCAGUGGUAGAGCUUGUGCCAGCUUUGAAUUCUGAGUGCAGACAUCUGUACCCACCAAGCCAAGUGGAAGUGUUAACAGAGGACCUGCUGUAUCACCACAGCACCAGUCCAAAGUCUGUUUACAUAGCGGAGCCUGUUUUGGAGAGUGAACCUUCAGUCCAACAGAACUGGGUGUCCUUCAGGGAACAAUCAUCUGUUCAAAAGUCUACUGAGGAGGAUGAUGAUGAAAAUUCCUUGCAGUGUAUGGACACAAAGUUCUCUAACUGUUCCGACCAAAGAUUCUUGGAUCUACAGAACUGUGUUGACACACGUUCAAUUGAAUGUGCUGUUCUGAGCGAGUAUUUCCCUUCACCUGAAAUCAGCCUCUCCCAACCUGUGGAGAUGGAGGAGGAAGUUUUAGAGCCAUAUGCAAAACGUUCAAGCAGUGGAUCUGACCAAGGCUACAUCUCCAAAGGAUCAUCCCAGCCUGAAGCUCCUUUUAAAGAGGAUCCACUGAAGUCUUUGGCAAGACUGCAGGAGGAACUGUUCCAUUAUGAAUAUUCUGAUCUAUGUGCUAAAGACACCUAAUAGGUGUGCUGGCCCUUCACUGUCUUUGUCUAACAGUGGUGAUGUGAAUUUAGGUGAAGCUUUUUUUAACAAUAUGAACUCAUUAUUCUUGGAAACUUCUGAACUGAUUUAACUUGUGUCAGGUAUUUCAGAUUAUCUGUGUUAUUGUACUGGCACACCUGGACCUAUUAAGCAAAAUGUGCAUUAUACCACUAAUUAUACCAAUUAGAACUGAUAGAAUAGAUGAAGAGAGUGGGAGCAACAGCUUAGCAUUUUUUACUUUAGGUUUCAUGCUCCUUAACUCUGCCAUAUGCCAAAGCUGAAGUACCUGCUGCAUGACACUGUUUGCUUGUGCAAUGAAUGAUGUGACAAACAUAACCCUACCUGUAUUCUGCUCCUGGGGUAGUUGUGUAUGCAUACUGAAGCAUUAAUAUAAAUGAUGUGAUUUAAUACAAAAAACCGACAUUAGGCUCUGAGAAACUCAGCAAUAAAGAUUGAACUGCCAGCUGUGCUUUUAAACAACAUAUUUUAGCUGUUUCUGCAUAUAAUGUUUGUAUCAGUGUGUUUUGUGGACUACAUUUACACUAACUAUACAUAUUUCCUAUGCUGUAUAUCAGUCCCUGAAAGUCAUGAAUAUUUUUCAUGGUUCCUUAUUUUCCUCUCAUAAUAUUCAAUACAAAUGUGUACAAGUUUUA